GAGAUUUGAUGAGAAGCGUUGCAGUAGCUCAAGAACCAAGUGAAAGACUGUUUCUACGAUACGUGGACGGCAUUUGUUUCAGAGGACACAGAUAUGAGGUGGCUCGUGGUGCUGGCCUGUACUUUGGCGUUGUCUCUUGUGGCCUGCGAGAGCCGAGCGGAGAGCGACGAAUGGGCUUGGGGCAAAGGUCGAGACCAGAGUUCCGAUGACAAGCAAACAGGAGUGCUAGAUGCGUCCAGCAGUAGUCAGAUUCUGAACGUGACGUCAAAUGUCGAAGUAGAUGAAGAAUCCCUAAUCGAUAGCAUCGUGACAUCGACCCGUCAGGGGCGAACUCUGCAGCAGGAUGGUUACAACCAAGUGGCCAGCGACCCGCAAGUGAGGGAGGCGUUAGAAGCCGGGAAUGACUCUCAGGCUCGCCACUACAUUCGAGAGAAACUCUGUAACUUGGGACUGAUGGCAUGCGAGCCUGGAAUCGAACCAAAGCGCCCAUACGUACAUCCCCACGACCUGAUCUACGCCCAGCCAGUCCAUAUAAAGCCAGUGGGUCGUCCGAUUCCCGCAGUUCCAGUUCGAGGCCCGCCAGUGCACUCACUCGGCGGAUACGGGCCCCCUAAACCGAUCCCUUUCCCCCCUGGUCCAGGGCCAAUCAUACCCCCUUAUCGGCCACCACGACCUCUACCCGGACCCAUCUACGGAGCGCCCAAACCCUUAUCCCCACCCGUGUACGAAACAAUCGAGCCAGACUUCCACGACUACCAUCCUCACCCGCCUCUUAAGAAGCCUGUGGAAGUGGUAGUCAACUCUAACGGCGGAGUUCAACAACACGUGCAUCACCAUUUUCACCACGGUGAUGGUGGUGUGGUGAAGCCUGCAGUUGUGGUGGACCAUUCUGGUCCACUGAUACCGACAGGUCCUGCGUUUGAAUCUGGACCGGUGUAUGGUUCUGCAUCAGUAGGACCUAGCUCUUCUUUCGCUGGUGGACCAAUAGGAGGAAGUGGCUCUUUGUAUGGUGUUGGGCCAAUAGGAGGAGGAGGAGCUCUUUAUGGUGGAAGUGGUUCUUCGUAUGGUGUUGGGCCAAUAGGAGGAGGAGCUGCUCUUUAUGGUGGAAGUGGUUCUUCGUAUGGUGUUGGGCCAAUAGGAGGAGGAGCUGCUUAUGGCGGAAGUGGUCCUUAUCUGGGUCAAAGUCCGUUUUAUAAAAAGGAGCUGUCUAUCAAAACGCCUCUAACAGCACAAUCGCUGAAACUAACAAACGCAUUACAAGGGGUUGCUAUUUACUUCUUGCAGCGAAUUUUUGGUGAUACAUCCAAGUACAAACUCAGCCCGACAUUUGGAGUAUCUUUCGGACUACCUCAAGGAGGAGGAGGAGGUUAUCCUUUGAAUCCUUACGGCCCUAACCCAGCUCUUAAUCCUUAUGGAGGUUCCGUGGGAGGUUUGGGUGGAGUUAAUUUAGGAUUAGUCAGUGUUAAUCCUUUACUCUCAGUUCAGGUAACGCAAGAUGAAUACGGUGACAAAAUUGUAAAACCAUUAGUUAAUUUACACGUUACGCCAAAUCACGGUCUCGUUCAUAAAAUCGGUGGCUUAUUACAUGGUUUUCACCACAAACCAUAUUACCCCGUAUAUUCGCCAUUCAAACACGAUCACCAACAUCACCACAUUCACACAUCAAAACCUUACCCCUCAUACUAUUACCCUCAUAAACCGUCGUACUUCUACGGAGGGCAAUACAAACCCAGUUACCACUACGCACCGGGGUACUAUGGUUACCGAGGUAACGAUGAAUAUACCGGGUCAGGGAGUGGUUAUUCCGGUGGAUAUAUUUCUGAUGAGGAAGAUCAGUAUGACAACGGUAAUGAUUAUGUUGAUGAUCCAUAUUCAUCAUAUUCACGUCACAGUAGGGGCAACCAAACAACCAGAGACCCGUCCUCAACUUCCUCCUCUUCUGGUACUGGAAGUUCAACAAAGGUGCAGUUCCCAAGUGACAGACGCCAUGAUGUCAGUACCAGAACCAAACGACAAGUUAACGAUGACAUAGGCGGACAAAAUGAGGUGAACCCGGUUGAGGAGCGCCAAGCGAUUUAUGGAGGGCGAUGUGGCCCACAAUACGUGUGCUGUCGGAGACCUUUGCAGCCCAAUAGACCCCCUUAUCCCCAGGGGAAGGCCCAGUGCGGCAGACGACACGCACAAGGUGUUAAUGGUCGCAUCAAAAAUCCAGUUUAUGUUGACGGAGACAGCGAAUUUGGUGAAUAUCCAUGGCAGGCCGCCAUCCUGAAAAAGGAUGUCCAAGAGAGUGUAUAUGUUUGUGGCGGAACCCUGAUUGAUAAUCUACAUGUCGUCACAGCAGCUCAUUGCGUCAAAACGUACAAUGGACAAGAUCUGAGGGUUCGUCUGGGUGAAUGGGAUGUUAACCAUGACGUCGAGUUCUACCCAUAUGAAGAACGAGAUGUAUCUGCAGUCCACAUACAUCCUGAGUUCUAUGCUGGCACACUAUAUAAUGACAUUGCUAUCCUGAGACUUGUACAGCCCAUAGACACUUUACGUAGUCCUCACAUUGCCCCUGCAUGUUUACCUGACCCCCACACCGACUACGCUGGUUCCAGAUGCUGGACAACUGGAUGGGGCAAAGAUGCAUUUGGAGACUAUGGCAAAUAUCAGAAUAUACUCAAGGAAGUGGACGUGCCUGUAGUAUCGUAUCAGCAGUGCCAACUGCAACUGCAACAGACUCGACUGGGGUACGACUACAAACUGCAUCCAGGCAUGAUCUGUGCCGGAGGGGAAGAAGGAAAGGAUGCAUGCAAGGGUGAUGGCGGUGGUCCCAUGGUGUGUGAACGUGGCGGUACUUGGCAACUUGUUGGCGUUGUCAGCUGGGGUAUAGGAUGUGGACAGUAUGGUGUUCCGGGGGUCUACGUCAAAGUAGCACACUACUUGGACUGGAUCAGACACAUUGUUAACAAUAGAUAUUAAUGCAGAAUGUCUUCACUAACCACACAGUGAAAGAGAUUUCAAUACAAUGAAAUGCACUUAAAUAUGAAAAGUAACUCCAAUAACAGGUCUGUAAGAUGAGAUGGGAAAAAUGUAAAUGUAAUCAAAACUAUAUUCAAAAUUCUUAAUUGUUAUGAGCAAUCAGAUUCUGAACCUCACACAAUAACAUAAGAACACACAAUGGAUGAAUUAAGUUACACGCUGAACAUAAAACAAAAUUAAAAUUAAACUAACAAAAUUUUUGAAAGGUUAGGAAAAAGUCCUUCCUCUAGCAUCUUACGCAGUAAAUACUGACGUU